AAAGGGGAUAGAGAAAACUGUUUCUUCAAAUCGAUAAAACUUUGUUUAGCGGAAUAAAUAGAGGUCUUUUGUACUUGUACAAAUUUCCGGUGUUGGCUAAUUGUUUAACCUUGUCAAGGGGGUAAUUGUAGUAUUACCAAAACUUGAGGUUGGAUUUGUUGAAUGACUAAAACUCCGGGGUAAAUGUAGUUCACCCUAAAGCACAAGUAGCUUUUCCCGCGUCCCAAUAGGCCGUUGAAACACUUCAACGGCGUUAGCCCUAACGCCGGUGAGGCAGAAAAGUACGAAAAUGGAAGAAACGACACAAUCCAACAAGGCUUCUCCUUCGGCUGGAUCAAGACAACUGAAUCUGAAGAAAUCCUUCACGCUUGGGAUACGAUCUCUCUUAACGGCUUGCUCAAAGGAGGAUUUCUGCAAAGCGUUUCCACAUUUCACUGUUGCCGAGCAAGAACGCCUCCAUCGCCUAUUCAUUGAGGUGAUUACUUCUUUGCAUGAAAGUAUAGAGGAUGCUUUUGAAUCACUGUGCCUAGAGACUCAGGUAGGAAGUGUUCUUGAUCUUGUAGAACAGCAUGUGGAAGAACAAAAUUUGGAUCCAUUAUUCGCCGAGAAGAGUAACAUUGGAACAAUUGCAAAAACUGUAUGUGAUGCAAAGAAGGAUGAGAUCCUCCACUUGACAAGCAUUUUGCAAAAGGCAGAAGAGCAAAAGCAUCUUAUGAGUACUCGUCUUCAUCUCCUAAGAGAACAGAGACAAAACUUCUCUGGUGUCGCAGCUGUUGUUGACAAGUUGCGGAUGGAUAUUGAGAGAUAUGGAACUGGCAGCACUACUGGUUUAUGAGCUGCACCCUGAGGUUUUCAUGUUCCUCUGUAUUUGUUCAGUGUGCAUGUCUUCUUGUUGUCUAUUUUAUCUUCAGUAGGAGUAUGGUAAGCAUGCCCAUGAUGUUUUCGUCUAGAAUUAUUUGUUGAUAAGGUUAUCAGAUAAGAAAUUUACAGUGUGGCUUUUCAGAUAAAUGAGUUUCUUUUGCUGGUGGUUGAGUAGUUCGAUUCUUACAUUCUGAAAAUGUUCAUGUCGGAUGUCUUGUUUGGUUAUUGUGGAACUGUUGGAAUUGUUAGGUAACUUCAUAAGGAUCAGUUUAAAACAGGUUUUGCUCAUCAUCAGAAAUAUGGUGGUUCAAUUUUUAAGCAUGGUCAUUAUUCCAUAACUUCUUCCACCUACCAACCUACCCAGAAAACUGAACGAUUUAAGAGUGCUUCAAAACAUGAUAUCGACCUUUACCUUUUUCUGCUUUCGAACUAAAACCCAUACCUCUCACGAGUUUGAAUGUUUUUUUCCUGCGUAGAUCUUGGGUCAUGUAUAUAUCCAUGGAAGGUCAGAACUAUCAAUAGCAUUUAUUAGGAAAGGAAAGGAGAAUGGAUUUUUAGGUAGUAGUUUGAUGUCAAAUGCACAAAAGAUCGAAAUUGGAGAUUGCCACGUAGUUUAAUUUAAGCAAUUUGUUUGUAAACCCACCGGAUUGAAGUACAUCUCUAAGCAUUAGCCUUGGACCUUUUCGUUGUAAACAGAGAAUUUCUUCUUCCCUGAAUUGCACCGUAUUCAAUGAUAUACACAAUGAUGAUUGUUCUUAAUGAAGAAAGCGGUCACUUUUAUGGAUGAUUGACACCAUGUUAAUGUAAAAAAGACAAAUGGACAUUUAUCUAUAGAAAAGUGUAAUUUUAGCAGGAUUUUUUCCCCCCAAGGAGAGGGAAUUUCAAAUAUAAGAUCUUUUUUAUUUUUUGAAUGUUAACAGAAAGUAUUCUUACAAAAAGUGUUGCAAACAAAAUCCUUGGCGAAGAAGGAAUGAAAGUUGUCUUCAUCAAAUUAAUAAAUGGUUGUUAGAAAGAAAAAAAAAACAUUAAUGGAAAUGAUAACAUUGUUUCGAAAGAAAAUUGUGAAGAGUUUUCAACUUAGAUUGAAAUUUGAUUAGUACUCAUCAGUCCCCCACUGUCCAUCGUAAGGGACACCGGUUAAAAUGCCACCGCUUAAAAGUUAAAUCUGAACUUCUGUUUAAUCAUACAUCAAUUACUAAUUAUAAUCACACUUCUUGGUCCCGAGUCCCGUCGAAUUAGUUAGUUUGUUUUAUAAACUUACUUUUUAAUGGACGGGAUAAUAAUAGUGAAUCGCAUACACAUUAGUUUAAUUUGCAUAAUCAAAAUUAAGGGGUUUAGAUUUUUCAUAACCUAACACACGGCAUCUUCCACUAAAAACAAAAAGUAGCUAUGUUAUGGAUUAGCCUUCACAACCCAUCCAUACUUCUUUGCAAAAUAAAAAUUGGAAACUCACAGUCAGUUGCCUCCCUAAGCAAAAUUUAUUCAUCCAUUUUAUAUAUCGUACUCAAAAUUUAUACAUUUAACUUAAGGUAUAAAUUUUAGGUUUUAAUAUUAUAUUUUUUACUAGUUUUCCUCGUAAUUGUAACGCCAGUCGCCUUGGGCACAGUUCGAUUUGUUCUCAGUAGCAAGAUAUUAUUUGUGUAAUUCUUACCUACUGGUUGAAUUAAUUAGGCUGUCGAGGGUGUUGCACAAUGAAGACAUAUAUCCAAAGCUAUGAAGUAAUGGAUCUCACAAUUUAAAUUUUGAACUACAUUCUGACAUUAUUAUUGUCCAUUAGCUUGACUUUGUAUUUGAAGUAAUUGAAAGUUGCAUAUUAUUUGUUGAGAGAGGAUUAUCUCUCGAAAGAAAUUUAUUUUACUCGAAUGAGCAUUAAUUAAUGCAAACAUAAUGUGUUAUUAUGACUUUUAUACAUGAAAUAAUUUGUAAAUGUAAUUUUGACUAAUCGCUACGAACUCUUUCC